AUGGCCUCCAAGCUCCUUUCCGUCCUGAUCAUCGCGGCUGGCUUUUCCCUCCUUGCCCCAGCCUUCGUCUCCGGACUCUCGGGAAGCCCCACCGCGGCGCCCCGCACGAGGCAGGCGGCUGUGCCUGAGGCAAUGGACUCUGUGGAUCUGCAGUCCUCUGUGUCCACCGCGCUCGAGGUGUCAACACCAGGAUGGUGGGCCAACAUCGUGCUGCUGGUGAUCCCCUGCGCCAUUUUCAUCAUCAUCUACCUGCAGUCGGAGAGGACCAAGUUUGAAGCCGCCACCAAGUGA